AUGCCGGUACCGCCGCCGGCACUGCGUGUGGGGCCGGACUACAACUCCCGGCGUGCCCCGCGCGCGGCCGUUAGUGCCCGUGCGCGCCGUGAGGUGUCGGACUACAACUCCCGGCGUGCACCGCGCGAGACGCCCGCCAAUGGGAGGCACCGCCCCCCGACGCUCCCGCUGUUCAGGCCACGCCCCAAUGGGAUCGUCCUGCAGAGGCCGCGCCCCCUAGACCACGCCCCCACGGAGGCGGUGUCCCGGUUCCGCCCCUUGGCGCCCCCGCCCCCCGUGAGGCCCCGCCCCCUCGGCCGGUUCGCGGCACCGAACGGGACCGGGCGGCACCGGAGCGACCCCAGCGCCCCCUGGCGGAGCGGCAGCAGCCCCGGACCCCCCCCUCGGGCACGGCCGAACCUUCCCGGGCCGUCCCGGUCCUGGUGCUUGUCCCGAGCGGGCACCGCCGGCCGUCCCCGAGCGCUCGGAGCGGGUCAGAACCGGCACCGAGCCAGCGCCGAGCCCGUGUCCCACCGUCACCGAGCGGCACCGAGCGCUGAGCGGGCCGGAGCGGGCGGCUCCGCUCUGCCCGCCGCCGCUGACCCCUGUCCGGCCAGCGCUGACCUUGCCCAGGCCGGUCCGGACCGGCCCCGAGCGCCGCCGCUCCCCGAUCCCGGUACCGAUCCCGGUACCGGUGCCAGCCCGGGUCCCACCAUGGCGGCCCCGCUCGGCCCCGCCGGGUUCCAGUUCGCCAUCGACCGCGGCGGGACCUUCACGGACGUGUUCGCCCGCUGCCCCGGCGGCCGCGUCCGCGUCCUCAAGCUGCUCUCCGAGGACCCCGCGUACCGGGACGCGCCCACCGAGGGCAUCCGCCGCGUCCUGCAGGAGGAGCUGGGGGUGCCCCGAGAGGAGCCCCUGGAUGGAUCUGGGAUCCAGUGGAUCCGCAUGGGCACUGGGGGGGCUGUGGGAGCUGGGGGUGGCGCUGCCCCCGGGGAGGAGCCCCUGGAUGGAUCCCGGAUCCAGUGGAUCCGCAUGGGCACCACGGUGGCCACCAACGCGCUGCUGCAGCGCCGGGGGGAGCGCGCGGCCCUGGCCGUGACCCGCGGCUUCCGACACCUGCUGCACAUCGGCACCCAGGCCCGGCCCCGCCUCUUCGACCUGGAGGUGGCCAUGCCCGACGUGCUCUACGAGGAGGUGAUCGAGGUGGACGAGCGGCUGAUCCCGGAGCAGGAGGAUUGUCACCUGCCCGGGAGUGACACUGUCCCUGUCCCCCCAGGUGUCUCGGGUGUCACUCUGCUGCUGCAGCGCCCUCUGGAUGUGUCGCGGCUCCGCGCGGACCUGGAGCGGCUCCUGGCCCGCGGCAUCCGGAGCCUGGCGGUGCUGCUGCUGCACAGCUACGCGUGGCCGGGUCACGAGGAGCAGGUGGGGGCCCUGGCGCUGUCCCUGGGCUUCUCGCAGGUGUCCCUGUCCUCGGCCGUGGCCGGCAUGGCGCGGGCGGUGCCGCGGGGGCUCACGGCCUGCGCCGACGCCUACCUGAGCCCAGGUGUGCGCAGGUACCUGCACGGCUUCUGCCAGGGAUUCCGGGACGGGCUCAAGGGGGUCCCGGUGCAGUUCAUGCGCUCGGACGGGGGGCUCACCCCCAUGGCCAGUUUCGGGGGGGCCCGGGCCAUCCUGUCGGGCCCGGCCGCGGGGGUCGUGGGCUACGCCCGGACCACCUUCGACCCCCGGGAUGGGACCCCCGUCAUCGGCUUCGACAUGGGGGGCACCUCGACGGACGUGAGCCGCUUCGCGGGGCACUUUGAGCACGUGUUCGAGGCCAGCACGGCCGGGGUCUCCAUCCAGGCCCCGCAGCUCGACAUCAACACCGUGGCGGCCGGGGGGGGCUCCCGCCUCUUCUUCAGGUCCGGGCUUUACGUGGUCGGUCCCGAGUCCGCGGGCGCCCACCCGGGCCCCGCCUGUUACCGCAAGGGGGGUCCCCUGACUGUCACCGACGCCAACCUGGUGCUGGGCCGGCUGCUCCCCGAGUUCUUCCCGCGCAUCUUCGGUCCCGACGAGGACCAGCCCCUCUGUCGCGACACGGCCGUGGCGGCCUUCCGGGAGCUGGCCGCCACCAUCCGCGCCUUCCGGGGACACGGCGGCGACACCGACGGCGGCGACACCGCUGAUGGCGACACCGCUGAUGGUGACAAGUUCUCGGUGGAGGAGGUGGCGCUGGGCUUCAUCCGCGUGGCCAACGAGGCCAUGUGCCGGCCCAUCCGCGCCCUGACGCAGGCGCGGGGUCACGACGCGUCGCGACACGUGCUGGCGUGCUUCGGGGGCGCCGGGGGGCAGCACGCGUGUGCCAUCGCCCGCACGCUGGGCAUGGCCCGCGUCUUCAUUCACAAGCACAGCGGGCUGCUCUCGGCGCUGGGGCUGGCGCUGGCGGACGCGGUGCAGGAGGAGCAGGAGCCGUGCGCGCUCCCGUACGGCCCGGGCGCGUUCCCGCGGCUCGAGGCGCGCCUCCGCGAGCUGGAGCGGCGCUGCCGGGACGCGCUGAGCGCUCAGGGCUUCGCACCGGCUCAGAUCCGCACGGAGCCGUUCCUGCACCUGCGCUACGAGGGCACCGACUGCGCCCUGAUGGUGUCAGCGCAGGGACACCCGCCCGGGCCGGGCACCUGCGGCGCCGGCGACUUCCUGGGGGCCUUCACCGAGAGGUACCAGCAGGAGUUUGGUUUCACCAUCCCGGGCCGGGCCGUGCUCGUGGAUGAUUUGCGGGUCAGGGGCACCGGCAGCACCGACCCCGUGCCCGAGCCCCCCCUGGCGCCCCGCGGGACCCCCCCGAGAGUGGAGACGGUGACCCGGUGCUAUUUCGAGGGGGGGUACCAGGACACCCCCGUGUUCCUGCUGGGGGAGCUGGGCUCGGACCACGCCCUGCCUGGGCCGGCCAUCAUCAUCGACACCAACAGCACGAUCGUGGUGGAGCCGGGCUGCGUGGCCCGUGUCACCGCCCUCGGGGACAUCAGCAUCGAGGUGACGGCGGGGGCCGGCGCCCGCCCUGGGCGCGGGCUGGAGCCGGUGGCGCUGUCGGUGUUCUCGCACCGCUUCAUGAGCAUCGCGGAGCAGAUGGGGCGCACGCUGCAGCGCACGGCCAUCUCCACCAACAUCAAGGAGCGCCUGGACUUCUCCUGCGCCCUGUUCGGGCCCGACGGGGGGCUCGUGUCCAACGCCCCCCACAUCCCCGUGCACCUGGGCGCCAUGCAGGAGGCCGUGCAGUUCCAGAUCCGUAACCUGGGCCCGGAGCUGAGGGAAGGAGACGUGAUCCUGAGCAACCACCCCCGGGCGGGGGGCAGCCACCUGCCCGACCUGACCGUCAUCACACCUGUGUUCUGGCCAGGUGUGCCCCGCCCCGUGUUCUUCGUGGCCAGCCGUGGUCACCACGCUGACGUGGGUGGCUCCAGCCCCGGGUCGAUGCCGCCGCACUCGCAGAGCCUGGCCCAGGAGGGCGCCGCCUUCGUGUCCUUCAAACUGGUGACCAACGGGGAGUUCCAGGAGCAAGCUGUCACCGAGGCGCUGCUGGCCCCCGGCUCGGUCCCCGGCUGCUCGGGGACGCGGAACCUGCGGGACAACCUGGCCGACCUGCGGGCACAGGUGGCGGCCAACCAGAAAGGGAUCGGGCUGGUGCGGGAGCUGAUCGGGCAGCACGGGCUGCAGGUGGUGCAGGCCUACAUGGGGCACGUGCAGGCCAACGCGGAGGUGGCCGUCAGGGACACUCUGAGGGCGGUGGCCGCGCGCUGGGGGACGUCGCUGUCGGCCGAGGACACCAUGGACGAUGGCACCCCGUGCGGCUUGAGGGUGACACUGGAGCCCAGAGAGGGCAGCGCCGUGUUCGAUUUCGGGGGGACGGGACCCCAAGUUCUGGGGAACUGCAACGCCCCCCGCGCCAUCACCCUGUCAGCGCUGAUCUACUGCCUGCGGUGCCUGGUGGGGCACGACAUCCCCCUCAACCAGGGCUGCCUGGCCCCGGUGCAGGUGCGGAUCCCCCCGGGCUCCAUCCUUGACCCCUCCCCCGACGCCGCCGUGGUGGGCGGGAACGUGCUGACGUCACAGCGCGUGGUGGACGUGGUGCUGCGCGCGUUCGGCGUCUGCGCCGCCUCCCAGGGCUGCAUGAACAACGUCACCUUCGGCUCCCCACGGGGGGGUUACUAUGAGACCGUGGCCGGGGGCGCGGGGGCCGGGCCCAGCUGGGGGGGCCGCAGUGGGGUCCACACGCACAUGACCAACACCCGGAUCACCGACCCCGAGAUCCUCGAGAUGAGGUACCCGGUGGUGCUGCGGCGCUUUGAGCUGGGGGCAGGCUUGGGGGGAUUUGGGUUAUUUCGGGGCGGGGAUGGGGUGGUCCGGGAGCUGCAGUUCCGGCCCACGCAGCUCUCGGUGCUGAGCGAGCGCCGAGCCACCAGGCCCUAUGGAAUGGCAGGGGGGCUCCCGGGGGCUCCGGGGCUGAAUCUGCUGCUGCGGCGGGACGGGAGAGUGAUCAACCUGGGGGGCAAGAGCUCGGUCUGCGUGGAGCCUGGGGACGUUUUCCGCCUGCUGACCCCGGGCGGGGGCGGGUACGGCCCCCCUGAGGACGGCCAAAAUGCCCCAAACCCCCCGACCCCACAAACCUUCCUGGAGCGCGGCAGCGUCUUUGAGUUCCGGCAGGCGCAGGAGGCCGUGUGA